AUGCUUCCACUAGCUUCACCCCACCGGGGUCUUCGCGGGUCAUCGUCCUCCCCUCUCGCCGCCGUGCUCCGCCGGCGGCGGCGGCUCUGCUCCGUCGCCCAUCUUCCCCCGCUCCCCCGGCUCCCACCGUCGCCUUCCCUCCGCCAGAUCCUGCAAGCCCAUGCGCAGCUCUUGGUGCUCGGUCAUGCCGCCAGCCGUGCCGCCAUGGGUCACCUCCUCGCCGCCUGCGCGGUCUCCCCCUCCGUCACCCCCGGCGGCUACCCUCGCGCGGUCUUCCAGCAGCUGGAAAUCCCCAGCGUCUUUGCCUGCAACAACUUCAUCCGCUGUCUCGCCAGGGCCGGCGGCGGUGGCGAGGCCCUCGCUCUCUACGCCUACAUGCGCCGCCGUAACGUACCCAGCAACAACUACACCUUCCCUUUCCUCCUCCAGGCCUGCGGCGCAGAAACCCCCGGCGGCGCGCAAGUCCACGCUCACAUAGUGAAGCUCGGGCAGGACGGGGACGUCUUCGUGCGCAACGGGCUGGUUCACUUCUACGGCGCGUGCGGGCAGAUGGUCAACGCGCGCAAGGUGUUCGACGAGUGGCCCCAGCGGCGGGACGUCGUCACUUGGAACGCCGUCAUCGCCGGGUACGCGAGGGACGGACAGGUCAACGUCUGCGAGGAGCUCUUCAAGAUGAUGCCGGAAAGGGACGUGAUCUCGUGGAGUACCAUGAUCAUGGGCUUCGUCCAGAGCGGCCUCCUGGAGAAGGGGGUUGACCUGUUUAGGGAGAUGGCGGCGAGAGGGCCGCCGCCGAACGAGGCGACGCUGGUCAGCGUCCUCUCCGCCGCUGCCCAGCUGGGUCUCCUCCAGCAAGGCCAGUUCAUCCACGCCGCCAUUAAAACCUGCAACUUCCCCAUGAGCGUCAACGUCGCCACUGCACUGGUCGACAUGUACGCCAAGUGCGGGUGCAUCUCCUCCUCAAAGGAGGUGUUCGAUGAAAUGUCCCACAGAGACGUCUUCUCCUGGAACGCCAUGCUCUGUGGGCUCGCCGCCCACGGCCUCGGCAGGGAAGCUCUGCAACUCUUCGAGAGGUUCAUCUUCGAGGGGCUCUCCCCCACGAGCGUCACCUUCGUGGGAGUCCUCAACGCCUGUAGCCGCUCGGGGAUGGUCGAAGAAGGUCGUCGGCAUUUCAACUCCAUGACUGAACUUCAUGGGAUCAAGCCGGAGAUGGAGCACUACGGCUGCAUGGUGGACCUACUCUCUCGCGCAGGCCUCGUCGGAGAAGCUCUCGAGUUCGUCGCAGGGAUGAGCUCCCCGCCGGACCCUGUGCUUUGGGGGACCCUCUUGGGGGCCUGUAAGACUCACAAGUUGCACCAUCUUGGGGCCUCCAUUGGCCGGAAGCUGAUCGAGAUGGAGCCCUACCACGACGGGCACUACGUCCUCCUCGCCGGCGUGUACGCGCAGGCCGGGAGGUGGGCCGAGGCCGGUAAGGUCCGCCGGCUGAUGGGUGGGAAGGUCGCCGGAAAAGUCGCCGGCUGGAGCCUGAUCGAGGCCGGCGGGAGAGUCCACCGGUUCGUCUCCGGCGACAGAACCCACCAGCGAUCUGCAGAGAUUCGAAAGACCAUGGAGAUAAUCGGGCGGCGCCUGGCGGAGGCCGGGUACUCGCCGGAUGUCUCGCCGGUGCUGCACGACAUCGGAGAGGAGGAGAAGGUGGCGGCGAUCAGCGAGCACAGCGAGAGGCUGGCCAUCGCCUUCGGGAUGAUGGUGGUGGAACAGGGGAAGCCCAUCAGGAUCGUCAAGAAUCUCAGGGUCUGCGGGGACUGCCACGAGGUGAGCAAGAUGAUAUCUGCGGAGUUUCAGAGGGAGAUCAUCGUCAGGGACGGCAGCAGGUUCCACCAUUUUAAGGGCGGCAGCUGUUCCUGCGGGGACUUCUGGUGA